AGCACUCGUCUGAACGCGUCGGGCAUCGCGAAUUGUAUUGGAGCAUGCCCCGAGAAAUUGUUACAGUUCAGCUAGGACAAUGCGGGAAUCAGAUGGGGGCGGUCUACUGGCAGCGCCUGUGUGCCGAACACGGGAUCAACAAGGAGGGCAUUCUUGAAGAUUGGGCGACCGAGGGCGGUGACAGAAAAGACGUGUUUUUCUACCAGGCCGAUGACGAGCAUUACAUUCCACGCGCUAUUCUGGUCGAUCUCGAGCCCCGUGUAAUAAACAACAUCCUGACCUCGCCAUGGGCAAAUCUCUAUAAUCCGGAGAACAUCUUUGUGUCCCAAGAUGGUGGUGGUGCGGGUAAUAACUGGGCGAACGGGUUCGCAUCUGGAGAACGACUUUAUGAAGAAGUCAUGGAAAUGAUAGAUCGUGAAGCAGAGGGCAGUGACUCUCUUGAGGGCUUCAUGUUGAUGCACUCGAUAGCUGGUGGGACAGGGUCAGGUUUCGGCUCGUUCCUCCUCGAGCGGCUAAACGACAAGUUCCCGAAGAAACUGAUCCAGACCUACUCUGUAUUCCCGAACGCCCAGGAAGGAGAUGUUGUCGUUCAGCCAUAUAACUCAUUGCUGACCUUGAAACGACUGGCAAACCAUGCCGAUUCUGUGGUCGUGCUGGAUAACGGUGCUUUGGCGCGCAUAGCGGCAGAUCGGUUGCAUGUCCAAACGCCUUCCUUUGAUCAAACCAACCAGCUUGUGUCAACAGUCAUGGCAGCCAGCACGCAAACGCUGCGCUAUCCUGGGUACAUGAAUAAUGAUCUUGUUGGGAUUAUUGCUUCCCUCAUCCCAACGCCACGAUGCCACUUCCUCAUGACUUCCUAUACGCCAUUCACAGGCGAUCAAAUAGACAUGGCCAAGUCCAUCCGAAGGACAACAGUGUUGGACGUCAUGAGACGACUCCUGCAACCCAAAAACCGCAUGGUGUCCACAACGCCAAGCAAGACUGCGUGCUACAUAUCAAUCUUAAACAUCAUACAAGGAGAUGUCGAUCCUACCGACGUUCAUCAAUCCCUCCUGCGCAUACGUGAACGGCAGCUUGCCAACUUCAUCCCAUGGGGCCCUGCUUCAAUCCAAGUGGCUCUGACCCGCCGAUCGCCUUAUAUCACGACAAAUCACAGAGUCAGUGGAUUAAUGUUGGCAAACCACACAAGCAUCGCCUCGUUGUUCAAGCGCAUGUUAGAUCAGUUUGAUCGUUUGCGAAGACGAAACGCCUUCUUGGACCAAUACAAAAAGGAGAAGAUGUUUGCUGACGGGCUGGAAGAGUUCGACGAUGCACGAGCAACUGCCGAAGAACUGCUUAAAGAGUACAAGGCCUGCGAAAGUGCCGACUAUAUAUCAUAUGGAUCAGCAGACGGGGAGCAGGCCUCUUAAGCUCGGCGUUCAUUAUGCUAUGCCCGUGUAUUACUAUACAUCUUGUUAUCUUACUCUGACGCACACCAUGUUUGGCAAUCUCCUUUCCAACGCAAGUGGAUCACACCCAGGCAUCAUUACAUUAAUCUAUGGUCACAGAUAGCAGUCUACAAUAAGUGUCGGAUAGAGGUGCGACUACGGAGGGGCCAAAUUACGACUUCUUCGGCCCCUCCAGCUUCUUCCCAAUGUCUGCACCUGACCAAAACAUCAGACCAGAAUCAAUUUUGCGCAUAAAGACACGUACCACGCAGCUUGACUCCAAGGAUGCGCUCGAAUUUGCUGAGAACCUGAGGAUUAGGGAUGGCCUUGCCGGACUCGUAGUCCUGGAUGACCGAAGGUUUCUCGUUGGUCUUCUGAGCUAGAUCUUUCUGUGUGAAGCCCUUUUCCAUACGCGCAGUUUGAAUGGUCUAUCGGAUCACUCAUCAGCACUGGUCGGCCGCAGACUGAUGACAGAUACAGUACCUUGCCGACCGAAGCGGAGAUCUUGGGGGGAGGAGCGACCUCGUUCUCGCGGUCCAGCUUGGCAAUCUUCUGGUGGUCAGGCCCUAGUGGAGAGAAAUUCUCAGCUUGGAGCAAGCGCACGAGAAGCUGGGCGUACCAAGAUG